GGUCAGAGAUAUGUUGACUGAUGUCAUCAAAGGUGCUUCCAAAGAUAGCCCAGUGGUGAAAGGAAACUCUAUUUUUGCCUUAACUGGUCUUGCAGUUGCUGUAGCCAAGUAUGAAAGCAGCCUGUCCUCAGACACUGAAGGGAUGCCUGAGACUGAACCUGACUUUCUUCCCACAAAACACUGGAUUUCUAUGGUCACAGAGACACUCUUCAGUAUUGUGAAUAGCCGCUAUCAACCUAAAGGUCAAGUCUUCCCAUGGUUCUACCAGAAGUCCUAUUCAGGUGAAAAUACCGCUAGUAUUAUAGCUCGUUCCUGUGCGGCCACUGCUUUGUCUCUCCUGGUGCCAGUUUUCAUUGUAUCAUGCAAAGAGAAGGUUGAGGAGGUCCUGAACAUGCUGACUGACAGGUUGCCUGGUAAACCCAAUGCUGAUGAGUCUCAAGCUGUUCAAAUCCAUGUGGGCCUUGGUUUGGGGAUGUUUAUCUCACGUUUGUAUGAAGAAAAAGUCAGUGAGGUACCCGCUCAACAGAUGAACUUAGUCUUAAUGAAGUCCCAGGAUGUGCUGGAAGACUGCUGCUUUGACAUUAGUCUAGAGUACAACACUGGAUGUAUUUUGGGAGUAGGACUUGUUCUUUCAUUUAUGAGUCACAGUAGCCAAACAGAAUCACGAGUGCAUGUUUCCACUUCACUGCGAAAACUCUGCAAGUACCUGGACAGUAGUGAGGACCAAAGCAGAUGUGUCCAGGAGGUACUUGCCUAUUCUGUGGCCUGUUCCUCUGUCUCUGCUUUCAGCGUUGGAAUCAUAGAAGCAGCUGAGGCUGAGGAAGCCAUGAACAAGCUACGGACUUUAGUGGAAAAUAAUCAGCAGAUCCACAGUUUUGCUUUAGCUCUAGGUACAAUAGUACAUGGAUUGUCAGCUUGUGGUCAUGGGAAAGCCGAAGACCUGAGUAACAAACUAUUGCCAGCCUGGAUAAAAACUGUGCUUGCAGAGGGUUCUUCAACAAUGCAGCGUCUGGCUGCUGUCAGUGGGCUGGUUGCACUGGUGGGCUCUGAAGGAGGUGUGAUACAGCUGAAAUCUGAGAGCAUUCAGUCCUCCCAGUUUCAAAGUAAGCUGAAUGAAGUCAUCAGAACCCUUACACAGAUAAUCAGUUUUUCGGGGCAGAUUGGUCUUCAGACAAAUGCAGCAGGACUUUUGGGACGCCUUCAUAUGUCCUGUUUGUCUUCUACCCAGAACAGGGCAUCUGUUUCUCCAGAUUUUAGCUACUUGCCUGAAAACAGCUUUAUCAGAGCAGCCAUUGACUUUGCCAUUGAAAAUGGAAAGAAAGGCCCUGAAUCUUUUGCACCUGGGCUGGUGAAAGUAGCACUGGCACCCAUUGCAUUUGUUGGAGAAAGCCAUCAGUAUCCACCUGUAAACUGGGCAUCCAUUCUUUCUCCUUUGAUGAGGCAAAGCUUUGGUGAUGAGGUAAAACAUCUGUGCCUUCAACUGGCCAUGACACAGGCCCAGUCAUCUCAAAACGCAGCAAUGCUUUUAGGGAUGUGGGUGACGCCUCCUCUUGUCUACAGUCUCAGUAUAAAAACCCAGAAAUACCUUUUUGUGUCCCUGCCUCUGUGGAUGAAACAUGUUGCAGAAGACAAACUACAGUUUUUUACAGAAGUGUUUCUGAUACAACAGUUUGAAUUGAAGAACCACACAAAAAAAACAGAAAUUUGCCAGUGUGUUUUACAGGGGCUUAUGCAAGCAAUGAAACUUCCAAACUCUGCCCAGUACUGCUGGAGCUUUCUGUGCCAGGCUGUGGAGAAAGUAUUUGAGCUUCUACCAAAUGAGGUUCAGAGAGGGGAGCUGGAGAUGUAUGUUGAUGUAGCAAAAUGUAUCUCAGAAAUGGCUGAUUCAGAGAUUGAUCACAUUGUCCAGGUCUCUAAGAACAACAUAGAGAAGGCCACAUUUGUGAAAGUGUAUUUAAUUUCUCAAGGCAGACUGCCUCUGAUGAGCUUCAGUUCUGUGAUUGAUACUGUGGCAGGACAUCACCAGAAAGAAAAUAUUUUAUGGAUGCUCUUGCAUAGUUUCUAUCAUGCUCGUAUUGUAAGCCAUGAAAACACAGGAGUGCUGAAAAGAAUGGACUGGCUGCUAGACCUGAUGGGCUACAUCAGAAGUUUAGCAUGCAAUUCAACACCCUUACAAAAUGUUGACCUUAAAGAGUGCAUAGAUUUCCUCCUGUGGCUGUUUGCAGCUUCUGUGGUGUCCUGGGCUGACCAUGGUGCACCUUUAUUGCUUGGCCUCAGUGCUAACUGGUCACUGUGGAAGAACCAAGCCACGUUACCAAAAUUAUCUGAGGGUCACAUUGGCGAGCAUCCCACUGACAAGUUUGCUGUGCAAGAGGUUCUCACACUCCUUCCAAGCAGCAUUUCUCUUUUGUUGGCUAAGGACCCUUGGAAAGAACAAGCACAGAAGUUUAUUGACUGGCUGAUCGGUAUGAUGGAAAGUCCCAAGAAAGCACUAUCAAAGUCUUCUGUAGACCUGCUGAAAGUUACACUUCUCGCCUUGAGAUCUCUUGCAGAGUUCAAGAAGAAAGCAGUGUGGACUAAAGCUUAUGGGUGGUAG